AUGGAAACAAGACAAGCAGACACCUCGGACCCCUUCGAGGACGUCCUCAACCUCGAAGAGCGCUUCUACUCAGAAGGCUACCAGCAAGGCAUCAAGGACGGCGUCCAGGCGGGACGAAUCGAAGGAAGGUCCUUUGGCAUGCAAAAGGGCUUUGAGAAGUUCCUCGAGAGCGGUCGCCUUGCCAGCAAAGCCAUCGUGUGGGCGAACCGCAUGCCACCCAAGGGCAGCGCUUCCUCGUCAGGGGAUGCCUGCACAUUGCCGGCGUUGCCCAGGAAUGCAAGACUGGAGAAGAACAUCAACACUCUGUACGCUCUUGUAGAGCCCGAUACACUUUCAACUGAGAACUCGGAUGAGGCGGUGCAGGACUUUGAUGACCGGGUUAAGAGGGCACAGGGAAAAGCCAAGAUUAUCGAGAAAAUGGCGGGGAGUGCUGGAAAAGAGACUUCAGGGGCAUCUUCAACCCCAUAA